AUGGUUGUCUUGACGGAUGGUAGUGUUCAGAAUACUCUUGUGAUUGCGAAUUGUGAAGUUGUCAAACCUCGGGUUGCUUCUGCUGAGCACAUAUCUCGGUUUGUGUCUAAUGAAGAAGCACGCCCACCAAUUGUGAAGAAGUACAAGACCCUCAUACAUCCCGGAGAGGUGAACAGAAUCAGAGAACUUCUACAGAACUCUAAGAUUGUUGCUACACACACUGAUACUCCAGAUGUUCUUAUUUGGGAUGUUGAAGCUCAACCCCACCGUCAUGAUGUCCUUGGAGCCACACAUUCUCGCCCGGAUUUGAUUUUGACUGGACAUCAAGAUAAUGCUGAGUUUGCCCUUGCAGUGUGUCCCACUGAACCCUAUGUUAUCUCUGGAGGGAAGGACAAAUUAGUGGUUUUGUGGAGCAUCCAGGAUCACAUAUCUGGUGGAUCGAUCAUCAAACAGAACAAGCCUGGGGAAGGUAAUGAUAAAGCAGCUGAUGGGCCUUCUGUAGGUCCUCGUGGUAUCUUCUGUGGGCACGAUGAUACAGUUGAAGAUGUUGCAUUCUCUCCAUCCAGGUAGCUGUUUUCUCUUUAA